UUUUUGCGAGAGAAGAAAAUGUAUGAAGACGGAAAAAUCGCUGCCGCAUCAAUGAAUAAAAAUGAACGUUUGAAGCAGCCGCUGCAUUACAUGAGGCCAGUCCAUUCCAAUUUAAGGAGCAGCAGACCUUCGAAUUUAAUCCCCUUGCACGUCACCAUACCAGCAAACCUCACUCUGUGCAAUCCUCUCCUAUGCGCAAAGAAGUCAAUAUCAGAACAAUUCCUUAUUAUAUGCUCAAUUUCGAUUGCAGCAGCAGUCUUGAGCUUUAUCUAA